AUGCUCUCAGUCACACAGAGCCCCCCACUUCACACCUCCAACACCUUCACUGCUCCCCUCCCCCACUUCCUCUUCAACAAGGGGCAAAACAAGACGCAGAAGUGCAUCCAGAGUCCGCAGCAGAUCUACAGUGGGCACAAGAUCGGCAUUGGGCACGAGAUCUACAGUGGGCACAAGAUCUACAGCUCGCAGCAGAUCUCCACCACGGCCCGGGCCUGCACUGGAUCAAGCCAGGUGGAAUAG